AUGAAAAUCAAGGCCUGCGAUCAACUUUUUCCAAAUCAACCUGUUGUUGAUGAUAAUUCCUUUAGUGUGACUUUUUCUAUUGCUCGUCAUGUUCCAAUUGCACUUUCCCUCUCCUCUGCUGCUGACUAUGCUCAUCUCCUUACCAAUGCUUCGAAAAUGAAAAAGAAUCCCACUGUCAAGGUCUUGUUGACUAGUCGCGCCCCAAACUUGGAGCCCAGAAAAGAAAAUAUAGCUGCUCCUGCAGCUCCUGCCCAAGACGAUGGUCGUCCCGAACUCAAGGGUCCUGCUGAAAAGAAGAAGAAGAGUAGGGUGCCACGAGAGUCAGAUAUUCUCCCCACCAAUUUCACAAUCAAUGGCAAGAUACGCGCUCUCAGAGAACAAUGGGAAUGCAAUGUUACAUCCUGUAAAUCAGAUUUUUGCUUCAUACCUGCAGAAGGGCCGCAUUUCCCUCUCGGGCACGGUCAUUUCGAGAAGUGGGCGGCAGCAAUCCUCCGCAGUGACGAUUUGGCCAGCAUGGAAAAGCUGCCGAAUAUCCUCCUUUUUGAUCCAGACUCAUCUCACACAGCUGUAUCGAAGUCGCCUCUGUUACAAGCCCGCCUCAAUGCGAUCAGCAAAGAAAAAGCUCUGCCUCUGCCACAAGCAGCUCUGGUCGUCAAUGUCGUGCUACCGAAUGACAUGUUCAAUCCCUACCAACACCCUCGACCACUUGCGCCAGCAUCACAAAUGACUGGCCUCAUUCCUUCUACCCACACCACUGGGCCGCGGAUGAGCAUGGAGCAGUUUUGCAGCAUUUUCGCACUCUCUCAAGACAUUUUCCGUUGA